GGGCUGGCGGGCGGAAGUGGCCGCCAGACGACUGGCGGUGCACCAUGGCGGCCACCGCCGCCUCCCCGGCGCUGAAGCGCCUGGAUCUGCGUGACCCCGCCGCACUUUUCGAGACUUAUGGGGCGGAGGAGAUCCGCGGGCUGGAGCGCCAGGUCCGGGCCGAGAUCGAGCACAAGAAGGAGGAGCUGCGGCAGAUGGUGGGCGAGCGGUACCGCGACCUGAUCGAGGCGGCGGACACCAUCGGCCAGAUGCGCCGCUGCGCCGAGGGGCUGGUGGACGCCGUGAAAGCCACUGACCAGUACUGCGCCCGCCUCCGCCAGGCCGGUUCGGUCGCGCCCCGGGCUCCGCGGGCCCCGCAGCCCCAGCAGCCGUCCCAGACGUUCUACAGCAUGGCUGCCCAGAUUAAGCUGCUGUCAGAAAUCCCUGAGAAGAUCUGGAGCGCCAUGGAAGCCUCGCAGUUCCUCCAGGCCACGAAGCUCUACCUGCUCUGCUACCACCUUCACAGCCUGCUGCAGCUGGAUUCUUCCAGUUCCAGAUACAGCCCCAUCCUCUCUCGAUUUCCCAUACUCGUCCGGCAGGUGGCAGCAGCCAGCCACUUCCGGUCAACCAUUUUGCACGAAAGCAAGACGUUGCUCAAAGGCCAGGCUGUGUCAGACCAAGCUGUGGCCGAGGGCCUCUGCUCUAUAAUGCUCCUGGAGGAGAGUUCGCCCCGCCAAGCCCUCACAGACUUCCUGCUGGCCAGAAAGGCAACUAUUCAGAAACUUCUCAACCAGCCUCACCAUGGUGCCGGCAUCAAGGUCCAGAUUUGCUCGUUGGUGGAGUUGCUGGCCACCACUCUGAAUCAAGCUCAUGCCCUUUUCUACACUUUACCAGAGGGUGUGCUGCCAGAUCCAUCCCUGCCCUGUGGCUUGCUCUUCUCUACCCUGGAGACAAUCACAAGCCAGCCUCCUCCUGGAAAGGGCAUCGGAGUCCUGCAGGGGGAGAUGAAGCUGUGCAGCUGGUUCAGGCACCUGCCUUCCUCCAUCAUCAACUUCCGGCCAGUGCUCCGAACUCUCGCACAUCCCAUCAGCCAGGAGUACCUGAGAGACACACUGCAGAAAUGGAUUGACAUGUGUAAUGAAGACAUUAGAAAUGGGAUCACCAACCUGCUUGUGUAUGUGAAGAGCAUGAAAGGUCUCGCAGGGAUUCGAGACGCCAUAUGGGAGUUACUUACCCAUGAGUCCACCAACCACAGCUGGGAGGUGGUGUGUGGGAGGCUUCUAGAGAAGCCGCUCUUGCUCUGGGAAGACCUGAUGCAGCAGCUCUUCCUGGAUCGGUUACAGACUCUGACCAAAGAAGGCUUUGAAUCCAUCUCCAAUAGCUCCAAAGAGCUUCUGGUCUCCGCUCUGCAGGAACUUGAGACCAGCAGCUCCACAUCAAAUAAGCAUGUCCACUUUGAACAGAACAUGUCUGUCUUCCUCUGGUCUGAGAGUCCCAAUGACCUACCUUGUGAUGCUGCCUGGGUCAGUGUGGCAAACCGAGGUCAGUUUGCCAAUAGUGUCCUCUCUAUGAAAGCCCAAGCAAUUAGCCCUUGUGUACAGAACUUCUGUUCUGCCCUGGAUUCUAAACUGAAGGUUAAACUGGAUGACCUCCUGGCCUACCUUCCUUCCAGUGACGUACCACCGCCCAAGGAUACCGCCUCCAUGCAUCAGGCUAAGAGCUCUGCCUUCGACAGAUAUGCAGAUGCUGGGACUGUACAGGACAUGCUGCGGACUCACUCCGUGGCCUGCAUCAGGUACAUUGUGGACUGCAUCCAGGUGGAGCUGCAGACCAUUGAAGGUGCUGUGCAAGACCAGCAGGAUGCCCUUCAUGGCACCAAGCUGCACGCAGUCCUCUUCAUGGCCAGACUCUGCCAGUCCCUCGGAGAACUCUGCCCCCACUUGAAGCAGUGUAUUGUGGGAAAGUCCGGGAGUGCUGAGAAACCUGCGAGGGAGACUCGGGCUCUGAAAAAGCAGGGAAAGGGGAAAGCUCGGGAGAUCCUUCCUGUGCAGGCCAAGUGGCAGGAAGUGAAGGAAGGACUUCUCCAGCAGAGUGUGACAGGCUACCGCGUCUGGAGCUCCACUGUUGUGAAAGCUCUGAUUCGUGGGUUCACUCAGUCAUUGCUUUUAAGCAAUGCUGGCUCCGUCCUGGCCACAGCCACCAACUGGGAUGAACUAGAAAUUCAGGAGGAAACAGAAUCUGGCAGCAGUGUCACAUCUAAGAUACGCCUCCCAACCCAGCCGUCCUGGUAUGUACAGUCCUUCCUGUUUAGUUUAUGCCAGGAAAUUAACCGAGUUGGAGGCCAUGCCUUGCCAAAGGUGACUCUGCAGGAGAUGCUGAAAAGCUGCAUGGUUCAAGUAGCAGCUGCCUAUGAGAAACUUGAAGAAGAAAAGCAGGUGAAGAAAGAAGGGGCGUUCCCUAUGACCCAGAAUCGAGCCCUACAGCUUCUCUACGACCUGCGCUACCUCAGCAUCGUUCUGACCAGCAAGGGGGAAGAGGUGAAGAGUGGCCGGAGCAAACCAGACUCCAGAAUUGAGAAAGUGACUGACCAGCUGGAAGCCCUCAUUGAUCCUUUCGACCUGGAUGUUUUCACGCCACAUCUCAACAGCAACCUUAAUCGCCUGGUGCAGCGCACUUCUGUUCUGUUUGGACUGCUCACUGGUACAGAGAAUCAGCUUGCCCCCCGGAGCAGUACAUUCAACUCCCAGGAACCCCACAACAUACUGCCACUGGCCUCUAGUCAGAUCAGGUUUGGACUCCUUCCACUGAGCAUGACAAGCACAAGAAAGGCCAAGGCAACCAGCAGAGGCAUUGAAGCACAAGCUCAGUAAGAUGCCAUCCACUGCGCCUGCAGGAGUCGUCCCGGGUAUUUCUGACUUGUGCUGUGUACAAGUGUGUUUGACAGCUCGAACAGCUUCUCUUCUUACAGCAUUGUUCGCUUUAUUAUUAGACAAAAUAUUAGCAAUGUGUCCUUUCCCAUAUCCCCUGCCAUCAAACCCAAUUAGAUCCGAAGUUCUUGUCGACUGUCUGGUUUUAAAAUCUGGGAGACAGUAAAAGAACCAACUUUCCCAAACUCCACAUUUUUAACACUAACUAGUUCCCACGUCUGGCCUUAACCUCUAUGGCUAUCAGAGGAGCACCGUGGAGAGGUGUGUGUCUCUUCCGGGCAGUCCUUGUUUGCAUUCUGUCACAUACCUAGUCCCUGCUCACUCCAGUCAGCGUGUCCUCCUCAAACCCUUCUUCCAGGAGCCAUCCAUGCUUCUCAGCCCUGCUGCCUAUGUGUGUGGCCUCUGAGCGAGUCCAGUGAAAUGCAGUGAAGGUGAGCAGACAGGAGGCUGCGGGUGGACUCUUAAGGCACUUCCUCUACAUCUAAUGGCAGGUUGGCCCCCCAGCACUCUCCAGAGUAGGCGACCCGACGCAUCCUGGCUCCUUGUUCAGACAGCUCGCCAGUGAGGAAGACUCUUCUGUGCCGUCACUAUUCAAACUUGGCUGGCUCUCCAGUAUGACUAAGUAACAUGGCAGCACACCCACUCACUAAAUAAAUACUUGUGCGUGGUUUUUC